GCGGCGCGGCGGAGAAGAGGGCGCGGGCGCGGCGCGGCCAAGCUGCACCCGAGCGCGCUCAUUGCUCCGCAAGUGCCAACUUCCCGGGACACAGUGCCCGGCGCGCAUCUUCCGGGCGCAGGGCACGCUCAACGGGAAUUUGAGGUUUGUUUGUCUGUUUUAGGAAGGAGAGUCGGAUUUUCGCCUCGUUCCCUUUCCCUUGUUAGCAGUCCCCAUUAAAGCGGAAAAAAAAAAAAAAUAACCAAAGCCAAGUGAAGGCAAACUUGCUCUCAUCCAGUCGGCCCCCCACUCCCGGCACCAUGAAGGCGGCCGUCGAUCUCAAACCGACUCUCACCAUCAUCAAGACGGAAAAAGUCGAUCUGGAGAUUUUCCCCUCCCCGGAUAUGGAAUGUGCAGAUGUGCCGCUCUUAACGCCAAGCAGCAAAGAAAUGAUGUCUCAAGCAUUGAAAGCUACUUUCAGUGGUUUCACGAAAGAGCAGCAACGACUGGGAAUCCCAAAAGACCCUCGGCAGUGGACAGAAACCCAUGUUCGGGACUGGGUGAUGUGGGCCGUGAACGAGUUCAGCCUGAAGGGUGUGGACUUCCAGAAAUUCUGUAUGAAUGGAGCAGCUCUCUGUGGCCUGGGUAAAGACUGCUUCCUUGAGCUGGCUCCAGACUUUGUCGGGGACAUCUUAUGGGAGCAUCUAGAGAUUCUGCAGAAAGAAGAUGUGAAACCAUACCAAGUUAGUGGAGUGAACCCGCCCUAUCCGGAAUCCCGUUAUACCUCGGAUUACGUCAUCAGCUACGGUAUCGAGCAUGCUCAGUGUGUGCCCCCGUCAGAGUUCUCGGAGCCCAGCUUCAUCACGGAGUCCUACCAGACCCUCCAUCCCAUCAGCUCAGAGGAGCUCCUGUCCCUCAAGUACGAGAACGACUACCCCUCAGUCAUUCUCCGGGACCCUCUUCAGACAGACGCUUUGCAGACCGACUACUUUGCCAUCAAGCAAGAAGUGGUCACCCCUGACAACAUGUGCAUGGGGAGAACCAGUCGCGGUAAACUCGGAGGACAGGACUCUUUUGAGAGCGUAGAGAGCUACGAUAGUUGUGAUCGCCUCACCCAGUCCUGGAGCAGCCAGUCAUCUUUCAACAGCCUGCAGCGUGUUCCUUCCUAUGACAGCUUCGACUCUGAGGACUACCCGGCUGCCCUGCCCAACCACAAGCCCAAGGGCACCUUCAAGGACUAUGUGCGUGACCGUGCUGACCUCAACAAGGACAAGCCUGUCAUUCCUGCUGCUGCCCUGGCUGGCUACACAGGCAGUGGACCGAUCCAGCUAUGGCAGUUUCUUCUGGAAUUACUCACUGAUAAGUCCUGUCAGUCUUUUAUCAGCUGGACAGGAGAUGGCUGGGAAUUCAAACUUUCUGACCCAGAUGAGGUGGCGAGGAGAUGGGGAAAGAGGAAAAACAAGCCUAAGAUGAAUUACGAGAAACUGAGCCGUGGUCUACGCUACUAUUAUGACAAAAACAUCAUCCACAAGACAGCAGGGAAACGCUACGUGUACCGCUUUGUCUGUGACCUGCAGAGCCUGCUGGGCUACAGCCCAGAGGAGCUCCACGCCAUGUUGGAUGUGAAGCCAGACACGGAUGAGUGACGGAUGUGGAAGGGCCGGGGCAACCCUUCUGAGACCUUUCAGAGAACAACUGUGUUGGUCGGACUCUUCAUUUUUAUUGUUAUUCUAUUUUUUAUUUUCCAGAACUCAUUUUUUUUUUUACAUUCAGGGGUGGGCGCUAAGGGGGCUGCAGCUGCAUUCCAUUGUGCGUGGCUGGAGGGGAAAGCCGAGACUUGCAGGGUGGCGGGCCCGAAGGUCUUCAGCAGAUUUUCAGGACAGAGAAAAAGGUGUUAGAAGCUCGAAGGAUCUGGCUUAAUUUUAAGGAAAGAAGCAACUAACAUUUCCAGUCAUUUUUAAAAUCAUCCAUGCCAAAAACACAUCUUGAAUUAUGGACCCACUUGCAAGAGAAAUGGUUACAUCCAUAGUACAAGACGGUGAAAGGCAAUUAUUUUGCUGUUGUUUUUGAAUCUGGGAGGGAAAAUUGAGGAGGGCGGGAUAAGAACAUUUGCUUUGAAGGACAGACUGAAAACCAAGGAUUAUUUACCUUUCACUCUGCUUUUUGGAAAAAAAAAAAAAAGAUGGACUUUAUGGGGAGGGGUCCAAACUGUUCUUGUGUUAAAAUUUAUUUUAUGAAAUUUUGUGCCAGUAUUUUUUUUCUCAAAAAAUAGUCUUAAGCUCUAAGGUGGUCUCAGUGUUGCAGUAUCAUGCAAGUUUGUUCUUAUUUGCUGGCUGAGGAGUUUGUCAUGCUGAAAGAAAACUGUUUAUAUAGACCCCAUUGGAAAAGCAAGCUCAGCCACUGAGAUCAGGGAUCCCCAGUCCAUGUGACUUGUAUAUGAAGGAAAUAUUAAUGCUGAUUUGGGUACAGGGGAACUGCGUGUGCAUUCCAUCUGUAAUUUUAGAAUAUUGCCACAGCCCUUGGCUUAUUUGUCAUUUAUGGAUUCUCGGGGUUAGACUUAAUGUUGAUCUAUGAAGCACUAAGUCUUUAAACUGAAUGUAUCUUGCAGCCCUGGGUUUGGACUAGAGUCACUGUAGGAGCACUGCUGACGUCACAGAAAGGAAAUUGAAGGAGGAAAGUUGACCUGGUUCUUGAUCAUUCUCUCCCUGUGACAUAGAUGACUUGGAAUUAAAGCUGUGUGCAUGGGCAUUACCCCCUCAGGUCUUAGGAAGCACAUCCCGGAUGCGUGUUGUUUGUUUCACACUGACACUUGACAGUUUCUCCUCUAUGUCUUACACUUCCAGUAGCCCACAUUUGUUGUCCCCUCCCCAAUAUUGAACAGAGAGAAACAAGCUUCCCGAUAGCUGACCGAAGGAGUGGACUUCUAACACCAAGGAGCUCAAGAGUGUAUACAUUCUGGGUUUUAGAAGCCACUGAUACUGAGGGAGCGUUUCAGUAUGGCAUGACUUGGCUGAUUUGGGGAAGCGAUGUGCAAGGCUUUCCCUUGAAGCUACAAGGGUAGGAUGUUGGAUGAGAUUUGCAAGCAGAGGAGGUGGUGCAGGUGAUGCCGGGCCUUGUGCUUGGACCUGUUGCCCUGGCAGAUGGUGAGCGAAGAGUAUUGGAGAAGGGAAGCAGAGGCAACAAGGAGGGAGCUUGAGUGAAUAAAAGGAGGAGGUCCGUGAAGUUUGGAUAAAUUUUUAGCUUUCCCCGAAUUUAAACACAGUCAUGAAAGACAAUUAUCUUUCUGCUGUUUGUGCGAUGCAUCUAGGAAGGAUCUUUGGGCCCAAACCCAGGAGCUAAGUGGUGAGGCAACGUGCCUGCGGUCAUUAGAAUUCCUCCCACCAUAGACAUGGGCAGUCUGAAGAUGACAAGGGACUGCCAUGAGAGAGGGCAAGAAACAGUGAAGGUGACUUCUCAGGGCUGGUCCUUUUGGGGAUUUAGCAAGAAACCAGAUGCACUAACUACCUUCUAGCAUAUCUUCCUGGUAUGCUGCUGCCUCGCAGAUCCCCUUGCAGGCCCUGAACUGACAGGCUCGAGGUCUGUGGUUCAGGAGGGUCCUCGUGCGGACCAGUUGGUGCAUCCGCAGUAGAGCGAAGGCAGAGGGAUUCCAGCUGUGUAUUUUGACCUACAGAUGCAGGUGCCUUAAAGAAGCUCUCCAAGUAUUACAGGAGCUGCUCAGGGAGUGUUAGGCGGAACUGUUUGGAUGACAUUGUUUUCUCUUAGAUAACGUGAUCUUUGUUGGGCACUGGUAAAAGGGGUGUGUGUGUGUGUGUGUGUGUGUGUGUGUGUGUGUGUGAUUUUUGUGGAGGUGCAAAACUGCAGCUGAAACAAUAUCUGAACUUUCUAGUACAGUCUUUUCCCAUUUCAGUGAUGGGUGAGAGCAGACCCAGGGCUGGGUUUCAGUCAUUGCUUACUGUUUACAGCCAGGCAUGAAAUUGCUUUCUCAGUCAUCAGCCUUUCCUGUAAAAUGUAUGCUAAACAGUCCCCGUCCCGGAGUCUGUCCAACCCUGCAGUCCACAGCAGACAAGGUGUCAGAAAGUGCCUCCACACGCUCCUCGCCCUGCUCUUGCUCCGCCGCCCUUUCUCCCUAUGUCCACCGCUUUCAGGAUUUGUAGCUAGUGUUUAGUACACACAGCUCCGUCCAUCUGGCCAUACGCUCCGCCCCUUUUGUCCAAAGGCCAGAGACCCUCCUAGGAAGAGUGGUGGGCGGCUUAUACACUGGAAAUGUAGCAGCAUUUGUUGCAUUGAUGCUUUUUGAAAACAUGUUAAUUUCAGAGGAAGGAGGGGCAAGUCAGGUCUAGCUUAUUUUCCUGGAGAUGCCUUAAUCUGUGUGGGUUUCGGCUGUCAGGCCCGGAGUCACUUGGUUCCUUUCCGCGUUCAGGGAAGGGACUUCCUACACAGAGCCCAACUACGGGCAGGGGACUGCUGGUGGACUUCCAAGAUGGACAUGCCCUUCCUCACCUUGCAGAUGAGCACUCUGGGUUUGAGAGCAUUAACCUGCCUGACCUUCAUGGGGAAAAUAUGUUUUCUCCUUUCUAGUCAUGCUGUGCAUGCUGCUUUCUCUGUUGGGGUCUAUAUAAAUUUGUUGAACUUUUACCUACAUUCCAAAGAAGUGUCAAGGAACCAUAAAUAUAUGUAUACAUAUACAUAUAUGACAUAUAUAUAUUGAAAUGAAAUUAUCUCUAUCAGGAACACUGCCUCAGUUAUUGAACUUUUUUUUAAGUAUACUUUUUUUUUUUAAAGCUGAAAAGUAUUGGAGUGAAAAAGAUGUUAUAUUGUGUUUGACUAUUUUCCAACUUGUAUUUUCAUAUAAUUUAUAUUUUUUAAAAGCUUAAAAUUUUAAAGCGAGAUUAAAAAAAA